UGGGUGAAUGAACUGUAUAAAGCAAGGAAGUUGAAGUGACUGUCUUGCUUCCUUGGUGUAAAGUAAGAUCCGAGAGAAUAUCUGUCAGAAGGUUUACGAGCGGGCGGGUUGGAGGAGAUUUGUCAGAAGCAUCGACCCCGCAUGUAGAGAGAAGAUAACGAAAAAUAUGGGUGUCCUUCAGCAAACUAGUGAAGGUUGACUGUUGCUCGGAUAGCCACAUACUCUGCAGAAUCUUACUGGUUGAAAGGAGGUAAUUUGAAAGGAGGCGUAGAGGUUGGGAGUGCGCCAGCGCUGAGCCGAUGCCGGGUGGUGAAGCAGCAGACGACCAGAGGGGAGCAGCAGCUGAGAGAAGCAAACACCACCCGGCAGUUGACGGCUGGAGUGCGCGCUAUAUGGUUGUGUGUUUCCUUCUUCAGUAGCCGUCCUCUUAGGUUCAUCUGUUUACUGGAGGCAGCGUGUAACAUUCAAUGCCACGGACGCUUUGAAAACCAAGUGUCUCGCGUUCAUUGUUGUGUUUUAUUGGUACGAAAUCCGUCAUUAAUUGCCAGUGAACUUUUUCUAGUGAUUGAAUGACAAUCACUUGUUACUGCCUUAUAAGACACCUAGACACCUGCGAGCAGAUCAACAUGGGUCACCUAGAGGUAGUGCUGGAAGUUUAUCAGGAGAGUCCGGACUCGGCGGCGGCGGCGAUCUGAUCAAAGCAACCUGGAUUCCAGUGCUAACACAACCCUCAUCUCGCCCAUCACCUCUGUGGACCACCACCACCAUCAUGCUGACUCUCCCUUUCAAGAACCUCGGCCAAUGAGGAGCGACGAGAUGAUACGACACCGCUCAUUGACUCCCCGCCGCAGGAAGGCAACCCCAACGGCAACUGUGGAGAGGCAAGAGAGCUCACACUCAGUGGAGCAGAGCAGGGAUGGUGGAGGAGAGUCCCAAGGUGUGAAUGGAGGUGUGGCUUCCUAUGCUGAGAGUCUGAAGGAAAGGGUUCUUGGCUUCCUGACCCCCACUCAGGAAGCAUCAUUGCCAGCCAUUGUUGAGUCCUCUGAAUCAGGCUUUGAGGAAGGGAACUUAACAGGUGGCACAGUUCCUACAUCCUCUCCAGCCUCUGAGAUCUUUGUUGGCGCUAGAGAGUUCUUCGCUGAGAGAGAGAGCAGAGCCCGCCUUACUAGUGAUUACUACAGCUCUUCUGACACUCCUUCAAGACUACGGGAAAGCACCAGACGCCUAAGCAUUCGGAAAUCAUUCAACCAGUACAUCGCAUACUCGUCGGAUGAAGAGUUGGAUGAGUGGUGGAACCAGCCCAAGUCGGACUACACGUACAGCACUUCGCUGACCUACCGAGAUCGUGUGACUCCAGACCGGAAGAUCGGGUCCCCCAAUAUGUCCCGGCGGGGACUCCGGGGUGGGAACAUGGCUUACAUCAAGUCACCAGACUUCUCCUCAUCAGACUUGUCCAACGAGACCGACGACAGUAGUCAUCUGAAUCUCAGGACGAGAACAAUACUCCGCCCCAUGGAAGCCCUCUCAGACACCAGUGAUGGGGAAGGAGAGGGGGUUGUGGAACCAGCAUCCAGAAGAACUCGGUCCAGCAGGAGCCGCAGCACAGAGCUUGGUCCAAGGAUAAACGGCUCCACCAUAACCAGAACUGUUACCUCAUACACCACAACAAGGACAUUGCAUCGUGGUCUUGAUGUGGACAGUGACGUGGAUGAUGGCACAGAGUCCACAGUGCCUCAGCGAGCUACCCCCUUCACAGCUCGGAGUGGCACCCCCUUGGCUAGGAGGAGUGCCACUCCAGUUAGCAGAGAGUUCAGCAGAGGCAACUCAAGAUCAUCUGUUUCUGGUGAUGUUGUGGGGAGAGGCUACACACUGGCUAAGGGAGCCAUAGCAGAGGAUGUUGAGGAGGAAGAAGAGGCAGAAAAUGAUUCCAUCCUGAGUUGGAGGAUAUUGAGCUGGCGCACUGUGAGGCGCAUCACCACCUAUGUCACCACCUCUGUUGUCAUGAUGGCGGUGAGGACAGUGUUGGCGCAACAGUCAGACACUUCAGCAUCUGUCUCAUCUUCAGAAAAAUUGUCUAGAUAUUCUUUUCUGUCAAGUGUGAGCAGCAGCAGCCGGCGAGUGGUGAAUGCUGGUGCAGGGGUGCUGGCUGCAUCGAAGGACCACUUGAAGAAAAGACCCAUUCUUCUCUGGAUUCCUCUCAUUCCCUUGUUGAUUCUCUUGGCCCUUGUUGGUUACCACUCCCCACAAGACAACCGUGAACAAAGUGCAUCCUGGUGGCUGUUGCAGUCUGGUGCCAAGACAGAUGACUCAGCUGACCCCACACAGACUACUGAUGGACCUUCCUUCCUGUCCUAUAUUUUGACCUCAGCAUCUGAUAUUUCUAACCUGGUGAUUAAUGGCAUCUAUUAUGGUCCCAUCCUGGCAUGGGAAGCAGUCCUGGGCUUGAUGGGCUGGGUCGCAUCUGUGUCCUCAGCCAGUUUCUUUGCACUGUGGACUGCAAUCACAAGCAUGGCCAUGUGGCUUGGGUCUGCAGCACACUCUGGCUUGGCAUACAUACUGCAGACUAUCUACCUCACACUGGAAUUCCUUCAGAUCAUGGGCUUAGCAGUAGCAAGUUUCUUCUCUUCAUCUUUCUCUUAUGUGUUUGGCUUCCUUUUGCCCAUCAAUGGAUCUGAAGAAGGAGCAGGAAAUGAAGCUCAGUCAUGGAGUGCCUCUGCAUGGGUUUCAAGUGCAACUUCCCUCAGCUGGGUGUCACAAGUAUACACAGGUGUGUCAGAAGCUGUCCAGAGAACACAGACAUGGAUUUGGGAUGGGUGGCUGUGGCUGGUGAUUUCUGUGGCUGAUGCUCUCACAGCUGGGGUGUCAUCCAUACUAUGGCUCCUGGGCUUUCUGUGGUCUCUAGUGUGCCUUAUGGUAUCUGGACUCUGGACUCUACUAGUCUACAUUUUUACUGGCACCACUGGGUUUUUGUCAUCAGCUGCUACAACAGGGACAUCUGUAGUUGUGGAAGUGUUCUCUGCAGUAGCUGGUGCUUCCAAACUGGUGCUUCUGCCAUUUUUCAAGACCUCAGAACUUUCAAAAACUGACCACAGCACUUUACUGAAAUCCCAUUCAACUCCGGUUGAUGAUCCCAAAGUUGAUGUUGCUGGAAUAUCAGUUGAGGACAUUGUCAGCAGAGUACUGGAGAGCACAGAAUUGAGAGGGCUCAUCACCUCUGUCUCCUCACAGAACACUGCUAAAAGCCAGGCAUCAACUGAAGAAAUAAAUCUUCUUGUUAAGUCUUUAGUGGAAGGGGAGCUGAAGGAACAUAAAGCUGAAACUGCAGCACUGUGGGAGAGUCACACAAAGGCUGCAGCACUGGACACUGAGACACGCAUGUUGUCUGUUAAAGAGGAACAGGAAGAUUUUCUCAAACAAGUUGGACUGCUCGGAGCAGAGGUGGCACGGCUGCAAGACUCUAUGAAGGCCACCCUGGAGGGUCAGGACCACUACCACCACCGCAUGGAAACACUCCAUAGCCAGAUUGAUAAACUUGCCCUACAGCUGCGUGAAUUGGAGAAUAACCACACAGCCUUGGUAUCAGAGGUGAAAAGUUGCUGCAAGAACACAAGUGUGACAUUGGCAGAUGUUGAGAGGCAUGUGACUACCCUAUUAGGGGAUAUCUUAGGCUUCUCCUCAGGGCAAGAGACUGCUGGGGACUCCUGGAAUGUGGCUGACAUGGGUGCCUGGCUUAGAAGCUACUUUGUGGCUAAAGAGGAACUAGAAACUAGACUCAACAUCCUAACAUCAUCAUUGCAGAAGAAAAGUAUGGAAGAAAAUGAUGUAAAAGAAUCCACCAUGGCAGCCAGCAAUGCAGCAAUUGCUCAGAGCACACAGAUAAUCAUGGAUACUGUUCUUGAGAAGUUACGUACUGAGAUCCAGAAGCAACAUGAAUAUCAUGCUGAAGCUGCCAGUCAACAAGUAUCCCAGCAGGUGAACAGCCAGAUGCAGGCAGCUGCUGCUGUGCUGGGUAAACAGGUGUCUGAGCAGGUGGAGCAACAACUUCAGUCAUCUAAGCAGCAACUGAAGAACAGUGUCAGCAUGGCAGUUGAAGAGGCUGUACCAAAGCAUGUGGCAUCAGCUGUUCCAAAGGCUGUAGCAAGUGCAGUAUCUGAAGCUGUUGCUGUUGCAGUUCCUAAUGCUGUUUCAACAGCAGUUCCUGGUGUUGUGCAGGUUGCUGUGGAAGGUGCUGUUGAAACGGCAGUUAAUGCAGCAGUUGGUGCUGCUGUUCCGGAGGCUGUUGCUAAAGCAGUUCCUGAGGCAGUUGAUACAGUUGUGCCAAAUGUUGUAACCAAUGCAGUUGCAGAAGCUGUACCUCAAGCAGUAGAAGGGACCUUACCAAAAACUGUAAAUGCUGCUGUCCAGGAGGCUGUGGCUGCAGAAGUACAAGGAGCAAUCACAGUGGCAGUUUCUGAAGUCGUAGCCUCUGUCCUACCAUCUGCAGUGUCCACAGCUGUGAAUGAGACUGUUGCUGCCAAAAUUUCUGAGGCUGUUGUUGAUGCUAAGUUGAGCAGAGCUAGUGAUGCACAUGAUAAGGUAAUGAGUGGUGAUGGUGUGGUGGUGGUCUCUGGAACACACUCGGAUAUGAGCAGCAGUAGCAGUGGUGCCACACUCUCAGCUACUGUCAAUGUGUCAAAUAAUGGAAACAAUGGUUCCAAUCUAUUUGCUCCAGUGUCCAUGCCCAUGUUAAGUGGAUUAAACGAAUCUGCAGUGAUUCGUAUUGUAAAAGAAGCCCUGCUGAAAUAUGAUGCUGACAAGACUGGUAUGGUGGAUCAUGCUUUGGAAAGUGCAGGUGGAAAUAUCAUCUCAACACGUUGUACAGAAAGCUACCAGGUCCACCUAGCUGAGUUGAGCAUCUUAGGAGUUCCACUGUUCCGGUAUCCCACCAACAACAACCCUCGCAUCAUCAUCCAGCCUGAGAGGAUGCCUGGACAGUGCUGGGCUUUCAAGGGUUCUCAAGGGUACAUAGUUAUCAAGCUAGCAGGCAGUGUCUUGCCAACUGGAUUUACCAUUGAACAUAUACCUAAAUCUUUGUCACCCUCUGGAGAAAUUGACUCUGCUCCCAAAGAGUUUGAAGUCUGGGGGCUACAUUCUGAAAAUGAUGAAGGUGUUCUUCUUGGGAAUUAUGAAUAUGAUCAAAAUGGAGAUCCUUUCCAAUACUUUGCUAAAAAGGAAGCAAAUUCUGAAUAUUUCCCAUUGAUUGAGUUAAAAAUCAACAGUAAUCAUGGUAAUUUACAGUACACAUGCCUUUAUAGAUUCAGAGUUCAUGGUGUACGGCAGUUUUAAGACAAAAGUUGAUCUCGCUGAUAAUUUUUAAAAGCUUGGUGGCAUUGGUGACAAGUGGCCUUACACUUCAUAAUCUCAGAGUCUAUUUAAAAAAUGCUUCAAUAUUUCAAUUUUUCUUCCUUUUUUAAAAAUGUAUAAAUGUCUUAUAUCAAAGCUACUAUUCAGUUUUUCAUACCAUAAAUUUAUGUAAAUAAGAAGAACCAGUGUCACAAACAGCUUUCAAGUAAGUCUCCUACUUUCACAGCGUGGUUUGAUUUGCUAGUGUUCAGGAGUCAAACAAAGCCUUAUAAAGUUCAGCAUUAAUAUAGGUAUACAUAUAUACAUAUGUAAAUAUUGAAUAUAAAAAUGGUGCUUUUUACUGCCUUGUAAAAUGUGUGCAGCAAUUGUGGCUUUCUCUCUCUCUCUCUCUCUCUCUCUCUCUCUCUCUCUCUCUCUCUCUCUCUCUCUCUCUCUCUCUCUCUCUCUCUCUCUCUCUCUCUCUCUCUCUCUCUCUCUCUCUCUCUCUCUCUCUCUCUCUCUCUCUCUCUCUCUCUCUCUCUCUCUCUCUCUCUCUCUCUCUCUCUCCAACCAAAACAGUUAAUUGCAAGGUUGUCAGUCAGCUGCACUUUCCUGAGCUGCCAGAGGUUGAUUGUAAGAGUGUGCCAUUCAUCAUUCAGGCAGAAUUUCUCAUGUACUUGGAUGAAAUGCAACACUUGCAUAUUAUCUUGCAAAUAUUUAGUGAUCCAAAGAAAUGUAGAUAGUGACAUUAUAUCUUGUAUUUUUAUUGAGGUACAAAAAGUCACUUAGUAAGUAUGUAGGAUUAUGUACUUAUUUUGUAUAAAUCUUGGAAAUUACCUUAGAGAAUUUUGUACAUUUUACAAAGACAAAUCAUAUAUGAUGGAGAUGAAAUAUUAUAUUUGCAUAUAAAGAUUCAGUGUCUGUCCAUUUCUUUCAUUAAUUUUUCUAGUCCCUCCCCCUUUUUUUAUAUGUUAUAAAAACAAAUAAAAUUAACCAGAAUUUU